CUCUUCCCUUUCUACUCUCCUCUCUCUCUCUCUCACAGCCAAAACCUCUCAACCUGUCCAAAAGCUAAAUCUCUCUCUCUCCCUUCCCUCAAAACAUGGCGGCGACAGCCUCGUGGCAGCCUCAAGAGGAAGGCUUCAAUUCGAUCUGUGCCCUACUCCAACACCAAAUCUCUCCUUCCUCCGAUAAGUCUCAGAUUUGGCAGCAGCUCCAGCACUUCUCUCACUUCCCCGAUUUCAACAACUACCUCGUCUUCAUUCUCGCCCGCGCUGAGGGUCAAUCAGUGGAGGUUCGACAGGCUGCUGGUUUGCUUCUGAAAAAUAACCUUAGAACUGCAUUCAAUUCCAUGACUCCUGCGUACCAGCUCUAUAUAAAAUCAGAGCUGUUGCCCUGUUUAGGGGCGGCAGAUAACAUUAGGUCUACAGCUGGAACCAUUAUAACUGUACUUGUUCAGCUGGGGGGAGUUUCUGGAUGGCCUGAGCUCUUGCAAGCUCUUGCUAAUUGCUUGGAAAGUAACGACUUAAAUCAUAUGGAAGGUGCUAUGGAUGCUUUGUCUAAGAUCUGUGAGGAUGUUCCUCAAGUGCUUGAUUCAGAUGUGCCUGGGUUAGUUGAACGCCCCAUCAACUUAUUUCUUCCGAAAUUAUUCCAGUUUUUUCAAUCACCACAUGCCUCACUAAGAAAGCUUUCAUUGGGUUCCGUAAACCAGUACAUUAUGUUGAUGCCCGCUGCAUUAUUUGCUUCCAUGGAUCAAUAUCUUCAAGGUUUGUUUGUUCUCGCUCAUGACUCUGCUGCAGAGGUUCGGAAAUUGGUUUGUGCAGCAUUCGUGCAGCUAAUUGAAGUUAAUCCAUCUUUCUUGGAGCCGCAUUUGAGGAAUGUAAUCGAGUACAUGCUACAAGUCAAUAAGGAUAGUGAUGAUGAAGUGGCUCUUGAAGCUUGUGAAUUUUGGUCUGCAUAUUGUGAUGCACAGUUACCACUUGAGAACUUGAGAGAAUUCUUGCCACGUCUAAUCCCAGUUUUGUUAUCAAAUAUGGCUUAUGCUGAAGAUGAUGAAUCACUUGCUGAAGCCGAGGAGGAUGAGUCUCUUCCGGACCGCGAUCAGGAUUUGAAACCUCGCUUUCAUUCUUCUCGGUUUCAUGGAUCAGAUAAUGCAGAAGAUGAUGAUGAUGACAUAGUCAACAUUUGGAAUUUACGGAAAUGCAGUGCAGCUGGGCUAGAUGUUCUCUCAAAUGUGUUUGGGGAUGAGAUUCUUCCAACAAUGAUGCCAAUAGUGCAGGCUAAGUUAUCAACUACUGAUGAUGAGACCUGGAAAGAAAGGGAAGCUGCUGUUUUAGCUCUUGGUGCUGUAGCUGAGGGUUGCAUUACUGGUCUUUAUCCUCAUUUAUCAGAGAUUGUGACAUUUAUUAUCCCCCUCUUGGAUGAUAAGUUUCCUCUCAUACGAAGUACCUGUUGGACGCUUUCUCGUUUCAGCAGAUUUGUUGUUCAGGGUAUUGGUCAUCAGCAAGGCUCUGAACAGUUUGACAAAGUUCUUAGGGGUCUUCUACGAAGGAUAUUGGAUACCAACAAGCGGGUGCAAGAGGCUGCUUGUUCAGCUUUUGCCACACUCGAAGAGGAGGCUGCAGAAAAGUUAGCACCACACUUGGAAAUUAUUCUACAACACCUAAUGUGUGCUUUUGGGAAGUACCAGAGACGAAAUCUCAGAAUCGUAUAUGAUGCUAUUGCAACUUUAGCAGAUGCUGUAGGAGAGAAACUAAAUCAGCCCACCUAUCUUGAUAUUCUAAUGCCGCCAUUGAUCGCGAAGUGGCAGCAACUUUCUAAUUCAGAUAAAGACAUUUUCCCACUGCUGGAGUGCUUUACAUCUAUAGCACAGGCAUUGGGUACCGGGUUUUCUCAAUUUGCUGAGCCUGUCUUUCAGAGGUGCAUAAACAUCAUCCAGACACAACAAUUGGCAAAGAUUGAUCCUGCUUCAGCUGGUGUUCAGUAUGAUAAAGAGUUUAUUGUAUGCUCUCUCGACUUGCUGUCUGGACUUGCAGAAGGUCUUGGUAGUGGGAUAGAGAGUUUGGUUGCGCAAAGCAGCUUGAGGGAUCUCCUCCUGCAAUGUUGUAUGGAUGAUGAGGCACCAGAUGUUCGACAAAGUGCCUUUGCACUUCUGGGUGAUCUGGCAAGAGUGUGUCCUGUUCAUUUGCACCCUCGUUUGUCUGAUUUUCUCAAUGUUGCGGCCAAGCAACUGAACACUUCUAAGCUGAAGGAAACUGUUUCAGUGGCAAAUAAUGCCUGUUGGGCAAUUGGAGAAUUAGCAGUUAAGGUUCAUCAAGAAGUUUCUCCAAUUGUGAUGACAGUUAUCUCAUGCUUAGUUCCGAUACUUCAACAUGCUGAGGAGCUCAACAAGUCACUCAUAGAAAAUAGUGCCAUCACCCUUGGGAGGCUUGCUUGGGUCUGUCCAGAAAUUGUGUCACUGCAUAUGGAGCAUUUUAUGCAAUCAUGGUGUACUGCUUUAUCCAUGAUACGUGAUGAUAUUGAAAAGGAAGAUGCUUUCCGAGGCCUAUGUGCCAUGGUUAGAGCAAAUCCAUCUGGCGCCCUUAGUUCACUUGUUUACAUGUGCAAAGCUAUUGCAAGUUGGCAUGAAAUAAGGAGUGAGGACCUACACAAUGAAGUUUGCCAGGUGUUGCAUGGUUAUAAACAGAUGCUUAGGAAUGGAGCAUGGGAACAGUGCAUGUCUGCCUUGGAACCUCCAGUGAAGGACAAGCUGUCAAAAUAUCAAGUAUAGUAUUCUUCAGAUUCCGAAUAUCAUCUUCUGAACCCCUCUUCAGAACUGUAUAUCUGCACCACUAGCGUUGUUGUUUCGCUCAUCAUCAGGUAUUGGUUGGAACCAUUAUUUGAUUAAGAGAGAAAAGUCCGAUUUUCAUCCCCAUUUUUUUCAAGCAAAGGCGACAAUUUUGCCAAGUUCUCAUUAGAGCGUGGAGCUAAUUUUUCUAUUUUCUCCAAAUGGAUUGGCCACGCUGAGACUCUAUUUCGUUCGACAGA